AUGUUUCCACCACAUCGACCUGCAUUAGCAAGUACAAGUAAUCCGGCACAAAUUUCAACAACUGGUGCUACAAAUAGUUCUGGAAAUGUUAUCGGAAUAUCGAUGAGAACACCGGAACCAUCACCACGAAUGCGUAAAGAUGCUACCACAGAUGUACGUGUUGGUGUUGGUAGGCAUCGUGAUAAAUUAGAACAAAUUCGGGAUUCGUUACGUCCAUUUGAACAAACCGGUAAUAUCGAAUCAUCAAUUGCAACAGCAACAGCAGGAGCAUCAUCAUCAUCAUCAUCACCCAAUAAUAAUAAUAAUUUUACAGUAGAAGAUGAAACACGACGACAAAUUUUGAUCAAUACGUUGACUCAAAUUGGCUUUGAAGAGCAAGCAGCACUUUUGGCACUUGAACUUGUUCGUUAUUCAAGUGUUGCAGCAGCAGCUGAAGUUUUGUUAAAUCUCAACAAAGAACAUGUCUUUCGACAAGAUUUACGUGAUUAUGGAGGAACUUUUCAUGGAUCAUUGUCAUCAGUUGUAACUACCGCUUCAUCUUCUCCUUAUAUCUGUAAUAAUAACGGUGUAAUCUCAAAUAGUACCAAAUUAAUGAUACCAUCCGGUAUAACCAGUCAAGUAAUGGGAGCAGCACCAGUUUCUGGAUUGAUGACAAAUGCUCAAAUACCGACAACAUCAAUUCUAGCAAAUAUCGACGACAGUUCAUCAAGCCGAUCAAAUAGUCCUUUAGCAAGGAUACCAAGUCCACCAGCAUCAGCUACUUCUUUUCAAGUACGUUCGACAAGUCCAUCGCUGCAAGUUAUCACUAAUCCUUAUCACCAAACAACCGAUUAUCAUCAGAUGCACGUUCACUUACCUAUUGAUUCAUCAAAGUAUUGCUAUAACAAUGCAACCAAAACGGCGAUAAAUAAUUAUGAUUAUGGGUUAACGACAUCAUCAUCACAAGCUACAGCAGCCGUCACAUCAUUCACAUCCGGUACACCGUUAUCCGGAAUUACUCGCAGUCGAAAAGUGGAUCGACCAUCAACGCAGCAAGCAUCAGCAAUUAUCAAUAUCGACGGAUUGCAAGGAUGCACGGAUCGCGUAUCCAAACCAACCCGAUCGCUAACUUCUCGAUCUCACAUGAAUAAUGUUACUGCUUUACGAAGAUCUGAUGCAGUACCAGUGAUAAGAACACGAGUAGAGAGAUCGAUUAAUACAGGACAUCCACUGAAUACUGAAUCGUUACACAAGAUGCCGACUCGAUAUAACAAAUAUGGUAUGAAUGGGAUGGAUGAAGAAACGGUUGAAAUAGCAACAGCACAUGGUAACAAGCCGACAACAAACGGAGUACAACGAAUAUUAGUAGAUCCGGAUAGACCAUCUACAGCCUACACUAAAUAUACUGAACAGAGUUGUCGGCGAACAAAUCUCCUUGGAGUUAAUGAGCAUGACUCAGCUGUAUCAAAUACAUAUGCUGACCUGAACAAUGGUUAUCAUCGAACUUCAGGUGCUGCGGUACCACGUUCUAUUUCACCUAAUAUUUGCACCAGAGUAAGUGGUGAAGUGGAAGAAGUAACACGUUGCAUAUCGCCUUUACCAGGAAGUAUUUUGCGUAAAUUACGUACGAACACGUACGAAUCAGCUAUCAAACCAUGUAAGCCACGUUUAUUUUGCUUUUAUAUGGAGCAACAUGUGGAACGCUUAAUACAGCAAUAUAAAGAACGGCAACAACGUGCACGACAGCUUGCUAAAGAAAUGGAAUGUGCAGAUUUGCCAGAAAGUAUGCGUGAACAUAUGAUGAUAUUUCUAACGCAAAAAGAAUCGCGCUAUUUACGAUUGAAGCGGCAAAAAAUGAACAAAGAUAUGUUUGAAGUAGUGAAACAUAUUGGUUUCGGUGCAUUUGGUCGUGUAUCGUUAGUUAAAAAGAAAGAUACUGGCCAAGUAUAUGCGAUGAAAAAAUUAUUGAAGAAGGAUGUGAUCAUGAAACAACAAGCAGCACACGUAAAAGCUGAACGUGAUAUUCUUGCGGAAGCUGAUAGCAAUUGGAUCGUCAAGCUUUACUAUUCAUUUCAGGAUGAACAAUCUUUAUAUCUUAUCAUGGAAUAUGUUCCGGGUGGUGACAUGAUGCAACUUCUUAUUAACAAAGGGUUGUUUGACGAAAAGCUCGCUAGGUUUUACAUCGCUGAACUAACGUGUGCCAUUGAAUAUGUUCACGGUCUUGGUUUCAUUCACCGUGACAUUAAGCCGGAUAAUAUAUUGAUUGAUCAAAAUGGUCAUAUUAAGUUGACCGAUUUUGGUUUAUGUACGGGUUUACGUUGGACGCAUGAUAAACGGUAUUAUGGACCUGAUAAUGAUGAGGUAGAGAAUGCGGAAGCACGGAAGGGAUAUUUGGCUUCACAUCCGGAUCUGUCAGGAAUAGGUCGACCAAAAGUACUGGAAAUCAGAAAUCAUUGUAAACGGAAUCAAUCGCAUUCAUUAGUAGGAACUGACAACUACAUGGCACCAGAAGUAAUUCGAGGCACCGGUCAUACUCAGCUUUGUGAUUGGUGGUCCGUAGGAGUUAUUUUAUAUGAAAUGGUUUUCGGUAGACCACCGUUUCUUUCGGGAGAUCGUUAUGAGACACAGGUGACAAUAAUUAUCGUGAUGCUGAAAUUACAGAUUGUGAAAUGGCGGCAAUAUUUGGAUUUAAAUAAUCGUAUUGGGGAAAAAUUAUCGCUAGAAUGUAUCGAUGUAAUCCGGAAAUUAUGUUGUGAACAGGAAGAUAGACUUGGUUGUAAAAAUGGUGCGGAGGAUCUUAAAAUUCAUCCAUGGUUUAAGGGUAUCGAUUUUUCAACGUUACGCUCCACACGUGGCGAAUACAUACCACGUGUUGAACAUGCUGAAGAUACAUCAAAUUUCGACACAUUUGAAUUUGAUUCCUCUGAUCAGUCGUUCGAUACAGUGGCAAAACGUGCUUCGGCAGCGUUCAAUCCGGCAUUCUACGAAUUUACAUUUCGCCAUUUCUUCGAUUUUGAUGGACAAGGUUGUCCCAGUUUUCGUAAACGUCGCCCAUCGUUGGCACCUUUACUGGAAGCUACUGGUGCUACUACUGUUGUUGCUGCUACACAAGAAGGCAUUUCUAAUCAUAUUAACAAGGCCAAGGAUCAUAAAAAUAAUAAUGGAAGGACAAACAGUGGUAAUAUGAAAUUUCGAUCGCCGAUAAUAGUAUCACCAACAUUACCACCGCCACCAAUUAAAACAACAGCGACGGUAGGAAUUAUGCAAGGAGAUGAAUAUGAAAGUGAUGAUUCACUAGUUGUGUGA